GAGAGCCGAUCAAAUCCGUUCAGACAGUGCUGCAGCGUCGCGGCGCCGAUCUCUCGAUGCCCUGCACCCGCUUCGGCCUCCUCGUCCUUGUCCUCGGCGCCGCCGUCGCCACUUUUCCCGAGAAUAUAAUAAUCAAUCCAUGUGAAAACUUUCAUACGGUCGUAUGUAAAAAUCAGCUAUAUAAGGACUUAAAACAUUCAAGAUCCAAUAUCAAAUCGCUUGUAGCAAAAGCCCAAGACAAUAUAAUUACAAAAUUAAAAGGAAUAUUAGAAGAGGAGGAUGAGAAAAAUAUUUUUUCCCCAAAAAUUUUAAGAACAUUUUAUAAAUCAUGUAUGGAUACAGAAACAAUUGAUGCGCAAGGUGUCAAGCCAAUUCAAUCGAUCUUAAAACAACUUAGUGGAUGGCCUAUUAUAAAAAAUAAAUUGAAAAAUGAAAAUGUUAGAAAUUGGCAAGAUCUUCAUACAUUUUACAAUAAAAUUAAUGUAUUUCCUUUGUUUGAGAUUUCUGUUAAUAACGAUGCCCUCAAACGAUCUCACAAGAUUUUGCUUCGGCAGCCAAAACCAAUCAUUCGAGAGCCAUUAUUAUAUAAAACAAAAACAUUUCAUAAAUAUGUCGAAUAUAUUAAGACAGUGGCUUCCAUUAUUGCAAAUUUAAACGAAUCUAGUGUCAUGGAUCAAAAAAUUAAUAUAGAAGCCAAACAAAUAGCGUCGUUCGAAGCAGAAAUUUCGAAAAUAUUGGAAAUAAGUGAGAGGCCAGAUUUUUAUCGCCCAGUGACUUUGAAAAAAUUUCAAUAUAUAACUAAUCAAUUAGAGAACAAUAGAAAUUAUACGUGGGAUUGGGUGAAAAUUAUAAAUAAAAUGUACUACACAUCUUCACAUUUAGUUACUAUUGAGGAUAUAAUUGACAUUUCUUCCCUAACUUACUUUCCAAAACUAAUGCAAUUAAUGGAUAGAACUCCGAUGAGAAUUAUUGUAAACUAUAUACAUUGGAGAUUCAUACAUCAAUUUCUUUUAUAUACAAAUAAUAAAAUGAGAAAUUUAUAUUUUGAAAUGAAAUAUUUAAUGCAAGAGCCUCCAAAAAAUGUAUCAAGAUGGAAAUUUUGUGGAUUUGAACCUUCAUUUGAUCAUGCAAUUUCUUAUACUUUUGCAAAGAAAUAUAUAUCACCAAGAUCUGAAAAAUACGUACAACGUAUUUUAAGUGAUAUCAAACGCGAAACGAUAAAAACUAUAAAACAUUCGCGUUUAUUAAAUGAAGAUGAAAAAAGAAUGGCUGAACGUAAAAUUCUGAAUAUUAAUGUUAUCUUAGGUAUUCCAGAGUCAUUGAAAAAUAUUUCAAUAAUUGACAAUUAUUAUAAAAAGUUAAAAAUAUCUCAAAAUUACUUUAGUAAUAUAUUAAAUUUACGAAAGUUUUAUAAACUUAAGGAAUUUGAGACCAUGAAAAAAAAUAAGUACAAGUUAUCUGAAAACAAUAAUUUUAUGAAAAUUACUACCAUUAGUAGUAUUGGGUCUGCUUAUGAAUUCUUCGAUAAUCGCGUUUUAAUUAAAGUAGAAAAUUUUGUAGAACCAUUAUUUCAUCCUGACUAUCCAGAAUUCAAGAAAUAUGGAAUUUUGGGUUUUAUUAUGGCUUAUGAAAUUAUGCAUGCCUUUAAUGAUGCAGAUUCUAUUGAAAAUACUAACCCCCGGCGUCGCAUGUUUUCCGAAGAAACCAAACUAAAGUUUUGGGACAAAAUGGAUUGCUUUAUAAAUCAAUUCGAUAACUAUUACAUUGCUGAUCCAUUCGAUUCAGGAAGACGAGUUUAUGUCGAUGGUGAAAGGUCGGCGAUGGAAAAUAUUGCAGAUUCUGCAGCAAUCAAAAUAGCUUUCCAAGCAUAUUAUGAAAGAUCUAGAAAACAAGACAUUUCAUCUAUCCAAGACGAUGAAAAUUUUUUUACUUCAUUUGCUAGUCUACUUUGCAGGCCGGAAUUGGAAGAGUUUUAUUUGAGUCGAUUCAACUUAGCUCUUAGAACUUUGCCUCAAUUCCGUAUCAUUGGAUCUCUAUCGAAUACUAAUGAAUUUGCUAAAACGUUUUCUUGCUUGAGCGGAGACCGAAUGAAUCCUAAAAGGAAGUGUAACUUUUGGAAUUAAAUGUUCACGAGCUAAAUCUAUCCUAUUAUAUUGCUUCGUUCAUUUAUUUUGGUUUCUGAAGGAAAAAAUUAGGCAUAUUUUAACA